GUCAGUAUGAAGGAAGACGCAGCAGUGAUUGGGUGAAUGUUGUUAAACUUGUGACGAACUAAAAAAAAAAAAAGUUAAAAUUCAAAAUGAAUUUUCUAAUUUCAAAAUUCAUGUGGCAGAAUGGGACCCGAAUAAAUCAAUAUCUAUUCGCAAUUAUCAUAACGAUUCCACUGCUCAACUUCGGCAUGGUGCAAGGUUGGCUGUCUCCAAUGAUCUCGCUUCUUCAAACACCUCAAGGCCCUGCGCCAGAUCCUUACACAAGUAGCGACAUAUCCUGGGUUACAUCUGUUACGUACAUCUCGGCAAUCAUCUUCGGAGCUCCCAUGGGUUACCUCACUGAUAGAUACGGAAGAAAAGUGAUGACUCUGAUAACAACAUUUUCAUUGAUUUUAUAUUGGCAAAUAAAACUGCUCUGCUUGGAACCAUGGGCACUGAUUCUCGCCCGUGCCAUUGCUGGCAUACCAUGUUCAGCCUGCUACAUCGUGUUACCGAUUUAUUUAAAAGAAAUCAGUGAUAUAGAUCUAAGGGGAGCACUUGGAUCGUUGCUUAUAUUAAAUAGAAACAUCGGCUAUCUAGCUAGCUAUGUGUUCGCGGAUCUACUUCAAGUGACCACGAUGCUAUGGAUGGGGCUAUUAGUUCCAACUGUAGUAUUUUUUAUCUUCUUAAUAAUGCCAGAGACGCCGGAGUUCCUCGUGAAACAGGAAAAAGUUGAUGAAGCUAAAACUGUCUUAGCUUGGUUGCGUGGAGUGAGCGUGCUAGACGGUUCUAUUGAACAGGAGAUAGACAAUAUCGUGAAAGUUGAGAAACAGGCCAAAGCUGAUCCUAAGUCUGUCUGGAUGAUUAUAUUAAAAGACAAAGCUACCUUCAAAGCUUUCAUCAUCACCCUGGUGAUUAAAAUCACUCAACAGUUUGACGGAUACCUCAUCGUACUUAUAUACGCUGGUUUCGUCUUCGAACGAGCCUCAGAAUCCAUCAGCUUGAAACUGAGCCCGAACAAGCAGGUGAUGAUGAUCGGUCUGGUGCAGCUCUUGGGCUCUACGGUUGCAACUUGUUUUGUAGAGAAAACUGGGAGGAAGUUGCUUUUGGUGUCCACGUCGUUCGCAGUGGGCGUGGGGAUGCUGGCACUGUCCGCGUGGUUUUACUUGACGGGCAUCGGCAUUUGGCUACCGGGCUGGCUUCCAGUCUUCGCCAUGUGUCUCUGUAUCUUCGCUGACGCCGCCGGAUUCCAACCGAUAUCGUAUAUAAUUAUCACGGAUCUAUUCACUUUCCAGUUACGCGGCACAGUGUCAUCGUUUGCGAAUAUCUGCGCGAAACUAAGCAACUUCAUCCAGAUGAAAUGGUUCACUAAAGUCUGCGAGCUGAUAAGCAUACAUUGGACCUUCUUAUUCUUUGCAGUCGUAUGCUUUUUCGCCUGCUUCUACACGUUAACAUCCUUCCCGGAAACCAGACAAAAAUCCGUUGAAGAAAUCUACGAGAAAUUGAAUAGGAAUAAAAAAGAAGAAGAUAGAAUAAAGGCCGUGCCGUAACGCAAGCGAUGCUAUUGAAUGUUGUAUAUAUUAUUUUUCAAUUUGAAUGGUAUUACGCAUUUUUUUUAAUAGGAGGUUUUGAAGAAGGCGUAUAGAAUUAUAUCGCUGAUAUAUUUGAUAUCUUAACGUAUGCCUUAUAUUAUUCCGUCCUAACGAUUUGUGCUUAAUACAAAUCAAGACUGUCUUAGAAUAAAUCCGAUUUGGGAUGAAUAUCGUUAAUUUUAGUGUUAAGAAAAGAUAUCACUUAGAUUUAAUCAAAAAAUGUUUUAUGAAAUUAAUCUCGUCUUAAUGUACUUAAAACUAUUAGGUAUAAAAACACAAUUAUCUGUGUAGGUUAAUUAUAAAAUCAAGAGCUUUAAAGUUGAUUAAAUAUUUUUAUUAAAGAAAAUUAAUGUUUUCUUACUGUUAAAAAUGAUCAAGUUACAAAUGAAUUUAUUAAACUAUUUAAAGUCUCACUAAUAAAAUGAACACAGGCGUUCAUAAUAUUAUUGUAGUUAUUUAUAGAGAUAAGCUCGACAUAUUUCGGAGGACAACGUUUCUCACCGCCAUCGCGUCGACAUGGACAGUCACGUGAUUGCAAACGGAACGCAAAUGUAAUAAGAACUGAAAUUGUAUUCGGUAAGAAGAAAUUCGAAACUCACCGCAGAACACGAACGUGAAAUGUCAGAAUGUGAUACGCGACAAUCUACU